AUGAGUGACCAAGCAGGAGAGGAAGCGACUUCCUUAUUCCAUCAGUCAUCAGUUACGAACCAGACCACCUGUGGUCAGGUGGACAGGUCAGCCGACCUCUUCUUCAUGAUGGUCCACGGUCUCGUGUUUCUGGUGGGUCUCCCCCUCAACGGCUUCAUCGUGACGUUUUACUUCUGCCGAGCUCAGCAGAAGACAUCCAGCAGCAUCACGAUCUACCUGAAGAACUUGGUAGCCGCCGACUUCCUGGUCUGCCUCUGUCUCCCAAUCCGCGUCGCGAAAUACGCCAGCAGCUCUGUCACCCUCCACUUGGUCAACUGCAACGUUGCCCGCGCCGUUCUCUUGCUCAACAUUUACGCCAGCAUCAUGUUCAUGGGCUACAUCGCCGCUAACAGGUAUCUGAAGGUCGUUCAACCUUUAGGAACUCACAUCCUGCUGACGGUGCGGGCCGCUCACAUCAUCUCCACGGCAACCUGGGUUUUCCUCCUGGCCACGAUGAGCGCCUUCGUCGUCCUGUCGUUCCAGACCCAGAAACCUUUCACCUCUGUCCUGGAGACUUGUGAAUAUUCGCACACCGGCCAGUUCAGCUUGGUGAUGAAGAUCAUAUACUCCUGCGCCAACGUCAUGUUCCUGUCCGUCCUCGCCUCCCUGGUCUUCUUCUACUACAGCACCUCCCGGCGGGUGGCACUGGUGCAGCAGAGGCUGGCGGCAUCCUCCUGCUUCACGAAGCUUGCGAGGACCCGCAGGAACAUGUUAGUGCUGGUCAGUGUCUUCUGCUUUUGCUUUGUCCCCUACCACCUGGUUCACCUCCCCAAAGAGUUCCUGUGUUCAAGUGGCAAGUUCCUCUACAACGUGAAGGAGGUCACCAUCAUAAUGUCCGUUCUCAACGUCUGCCUGGACCCGCUCAUCUACUUCAUCCUCUGCAAGAGGUUCAGGACCCAGUUUGGGCUGCUUGGAAAAUGA